AUGCUCGGAAGCGGAAGCAAAUUGUUGAAAAUACAGACCGAAAGCCAUCCGAUGGUGAAAUACAAGCCAGUCAGCGGCAGACCGAGUAUUGAUAUUUGCUCUCAACUCCCGCGGGACUCUGAAGAAGGUAGACCGCGAGAAAAUGGCAUCGAUGAGGCCUACCUCACGACCGACCGCGCGAAACGACCAUGUCGUUGUGAGGGCUUCUCCCGGGCCUCCAUCAAACAAACUUUCCUCAUACUCCUUGCCGGCAUUGGUCUUAUGAACAUAGGAUACCAAGUCUAUUGGUUCCUUCGAUCCUUGAGACCAAUAUCGUGCAACUGUGGCGAAACCGUCUCAGAGGCCAUUGCCAACGGGUGUCGGUACGAUUCAUUCGCCGCAGCCUGGCUACCGCCGGCGUGCCGGAAUGAUGAGCUGAUCGAUCGCUUUGAACGUGCGGGUCCGAACCCAGAUGGUAGCUGGCCGUACUAUGGGAACAAGAAUAAAACGCAACUGCUAUCCCUUAAAGAGGUCUCCAUGCUGCCUGAAACAGGGGGCCAUUUUUUCACUACGCACCAGUGGCAUCUUGUUCACUGUGCCUAUUAUUGGAAGAAGAUGUUUCUGGCUGUGGAACAAGGGACAAUCAUUGAGCAUCGGUAUAACAACUUGGCCCACUUGGAUCAUUGUGAGGUGAUGUCUUUGAAAAGGGACUCCUUGGAUACUAUCGUGACUGAGGCUGGUGUGGCGCUUCAUUCAGAUGUGAUCGUGACUGCGAAGAAGCAUAAGCAUGAUCAUGGAGAUAAGACAAGGCUGGCAUGA